AUGACUUACAGCCAACAAGAUUUUCAGGACGAGGUGUUCUCGUUUUCGCUCACCAAUGAUGCCCCAGCCCUUCAACACAGUCCCAGCUCAUACGGUUCCGCUACAGACAUGAUUCCGGAUGAGGAGUUUCUGAUAGAAUCGCCCGGGUUUGGAGCCGUGGCUCACACCGCGGACGACGACGACGAGUUGUUUGCCCUCGACACCGAACUUUCCAUGCUACCAAGAUCCUACGAUUGUCUGCCGAUUGACGACGCCAAAACCAUGGUGUCGGACUACUCUCUGCCGAUUCCGGACCAAUUCGCCAACGCUGCACAGGACAACUACAGACUGUGGCUAGCGGGCGUGUAG